AUGCCUGCAAGCACAGCGUCCUACGCGAACCCCGACGCAUUAUCGCUACUAGGCACCGCAACAGGGGUUCUAAACACGCAGACGGUGGUCACAAACGUGCUCGUCACUUUCCUUUAUGGUGUUGUAACAAUAUUAUCUGCCGUGUGCUUAUACCUGCUUCGUCGCAAAGGCUUCAAGCAGCGCUCCACUAAGUUUCUCUUCGGCGCCACCAUACUGCUGUACAUUUCGACGUCCUUCCACUGGGCGACCAACGUCGCCUACAUGCUCUCCUUCAACCAUCUCGUCGCCUCCGCUGCGGCCGAUGUCGGUGUCCCCACCUUCUCCAUCCGCUCCAUGAUGCUUCUCCAGAACAUCCAACGACAUGCGACACCCACUGCGCUCACCGUCAACAUGUUCGUCGGAGAUGUGAUCGUGUGGUGGCGUGCGCUCGUCGUCUGGCCGGGGCAGAAGAUGGUCCGCUGCUUCUGCGGCAUAUGUCUGCUCGUCGCCACCCUCGGCCUUACAUUCAUGUCAAUCAUCUCCGCGUCCGUGAAUGAUGUCGAAAUGACGCCAAAUAGCGUGGAUAUGGUCUCAAGCUUCUUCUCGGGUCUUUUUGGUGCACUCUCUGCGCUCCUCACGCUCACCACCAACUUUGCCGCGACGGCGAUGAUUGGAUACAAAACCUUGCAGCACCGCAGCUUCCUCAAGCGCUCCCUCGGGCGGCGCGCGCGGAACACGCAAGUACUCAAGGUCAUGAUCCUGCUCGUCGAGUCCGGCGCUAUCUACUGCGGGAUGUGGAUAUUCGUUGUCGUCUACGCCUUCAUGCAGACGUUCGGCGGCGUCGACCUCCAGAAGUCCGCGUCUGGAUGGUACACCCUGUCGUACUACCUCACCAACGGCUGCCUGAUCCCACUGGUGGCGAUCUAUCCAAUGGUCAUCAUGAUCCUCGUCUCGCUCAACAAGUCCCAAGUGUCGACGGUUGUUAGCGCGCCUCGUUUCGACAGGAGCAACUCGGGCACGGCGCGCGCGAGUGCGACCAUCCACCUCAAGCCCAUGUCCUCGUCGUCGGCAACGACGAAGAGUGCAGAUACCUUGGUGGUGUAG